GCUGUCACAUACGCUGCCAGGUACAGAAAAAAAAAAGCCUAAUUUAUUGAAGCAGCAGACAAAUGAGAGCUACAAUCAGAUGUCAUAAACCACAUGCUGAGCUGAGUAAACAAAUGCAGCAUUAGGGUAAUAAUACUCCUUCACACUGAGGAGCCACCUUAAGACACAUACGUCUCCAUUAACCAUGGAAACAGCAACCCUUUCACUUUCCAUUGUUUUUGUCAUUUGGUUUUGCAUUUACAUCCUGAAAAUCAAUUCCAGACGCCAUGAAUCCUCUAGCCUUCCUCCAGGGCCAUACUCAUUUCCAGUUGUUGGAAACAUCUUUCAGCUUGGAACAGUCUUUCAUAGGUCAGUUGCAGAACUCUCCAAGAUUUAUGGACCUUUAAUGACAAUUAAGCUAGGAAGCCAGACAGCAGUUGUUGUAUCCUCAUCGGAUAUUGCUAAACAAAUUCAUAGAAAUGAUCAUCAGUUCAUUAGAAGACCACAGGUAGAUGCAACCAGGGCACUUGACCAUGAUAAAUUCUCUGUUAUCUGGAUGCCGGCAGCAUUAGGUAAAUGGCGCAAUAUUCGCAAGCUGUGCAAAGAACAGAUAUUUUCAUCUGAGCGACUCAAUGCAAGUCAACGCCUGCGUCAGGAAAAGGUGCAACAACUUUGUGAUUAUUUGCAGGACUGCUGCAACAAUGAGAAAGUGGUCAACAUUUGUGAAGCAGCCUUCACAACAUCUCUCAACUUGAUCUCCAACACCAUUUUCUCUGUUGAUUUUGCUGAUUAUGAUUCGAGGUCAUCCCAGGAACUAAGAGAAAUAGUGAUGGGAGUGAUGAAUAGUCUUGGCACUCCAAACAUUUCCGACUUUUUGCCUGUCCUAAAAGCCAUAGAUCCACUGGGCAUCAGGCGGCAGUCUAAGUUUUAUCUUGGAAAACUGUUUCAAAGUUUCGACGACCUAAUUACUCAAAGGUUACGAGCAAGACGGACAUCCCUGAAUUAUUCCAGGAAAGAUGAUUUCCUGGAAACCCUCCUCGAUCUCACCGAGCAGAAUGAAGCUGAAUGGAGCUACCAGGACAUCAAACAUUUGAUUUUGGUGAGUUGUGUUUACUUGAAUUUCAGUACAGAAUAUGAUUCUUACAUUCCACAUGAGGGCUAUUUAACUGGCUUUGUUAUUAUUCAUCUAACUGAAAGUUUACUGGUUGGAAAUACACUAGUCCCUAAUAGAUUGACAACCUUCUGCUAAACGAAAGUUGACUGGUACUCUUUCCUGUUU